CAGAAUAAAUCAACUCUAUUGCAUCGUAACUUUUGUAAUGUAUGACUCAUGCAAUGGCUAGUGUAGUGUUUCAGGCCCAAGCAAUAACUAUAAUGUGUAUUGCUAUUACUGUGCACAGGAAUGUAUCACCUUUCCUCGUGCUUAUAGCUUAUAAUAAUGAUUAUUCUUUUGUAUUAUCAUACCAAUAUCAUGUGGUUGUUCGACCUUUGCCAUCUCUCCUCACAUGUGUCGUGACUGCAUGCAUGGACCUCAUAUGACUGAAUCAGGCUCUAUUAGAGGUUGUGUUUGGUGUGAAGGUGAAAAUCUGUGGAGACUUGAAGCGGUUGGAGGGGCCAUGCCUGAUUAUUUUAAAUCAUCGAACACGAUUUGAUUGGCUGUUUUUGUGGAGUUUCAUAUUGAGGAUGGGUAAUCUUACCAAGCACAAAAUUAUCCUCAAGAAAUCACUAAAGAAAAUCCCACCCUUUGGUUGGGCGAUGCAAGCUGCUCACUUUCUCUUCAUCUCUCGCGACUGGGCUAAGGACCAAAAAUAUCUCACGGAUAAUUUUUCCUACUUUAGGGCCCUCGACUACCCCCUACAGCUGCUCAUCUUCCCUGAGGGUACCGACCUCUCUCAGUCAAACAAGGAGAAAUCACAAAAAUAUGCCAAAAAGAAUGGACUAUCACCGUACGAGUGUGUGCUCCACCCGAGAACGAAAGGAUUUGUACACUGUAUGACCGAAAUGAGGAAAUUCAAGGUUGCCCCUAUAAUAAUUAACAUGUCAGUUGGCUAUGUUGGAGGAAUUCCACAGAAUGAAAGUGACAUGGCUUUUGGGAAUUGGCCAUCAGAGAUCCACUUUUUCUCGGAGCAAAUCCCCCCUAGCGAUAUUCCAACAGACAACACAGAACUGGAAAACUGGCUGACAAAUGUAUGGGAGAAGAAAGAACAUCAAUUGAAGGAAUUUUACUCAAAGAACAGAUUCAAUGCACCUUAUAUGAGUGCAGCCAGUAUUGUUGAGGCCUACGGGGAGAUGAAAUGGUUGCUUGGGUUUUGGGUGGUGUUUUUUGCUUGGGUUGGUUACUCGUUGGCUACAUCGUAUUUCUACUGGUGGUUCUAUGCAUUGUGGACCGUUUUCUAUAUUGUAUUUAACCUGGUUUCCAACGGUACUGAUGAUAUGGCAGUUAGGAGAUAUGUGAAGAACUGAGAAUGUAUAGACUAUAUUAGUAGGAUAUUGUCACUUGAUCUCUUAACAUUAUUUUGUAAUUCUUUUCGUAUCAUGAUCAUGAUCAUACUUUCAAA